CCGAGCCUCCACCUCAUUCCCUGAUACAUGAGCAGAAGAUCCUAGAACUUACCACCAGGAUCACUGAGCUGCUGAGCGGAGAGGUGAGCGCUGCUGGGAAUGCUGGGACAUUAUACAAUAACGCCAAGGGAGGGGUCUGGUAAUGACUGUGUCCUUGUGUUGUCAGGUUCCUAUAAGGUGUCAGGAUGUUGCUGUCUAUUUCUCCAUGGAGGAGUGGGAGUAUUUAGAAGAACACAAGGAUCUGUACAAGGACGUCAUGAUGGAGAAUCACCAGUCCCUCACAUCACCGGAUGGAUCCAGUCAGAGAAAUCCACCAGAGAGAUGUCCCAGUCCUCAGUAUUCCCAGGACUGUCCAGAGGAGAAACCAAAUAUCCCACUGGAUCAUCAGGAAAGUUCUGGUGAAACGACGAGUGGACUUGAAAAGCCCAUCUCAGUGUCUGUGAAAGUGGAAGACUGGAUGAGCGACUCCUAUGGACAUCUUCAUUUAUCUUCCUAUCAUGAAGUAGAAGAUAAUACCACACAAUAUGAUUCAAUAACUCCUAAUGUACCCUCAGUCUUUCACAGCAGAGAUCUAUCCACCAAUACCACUGGUCACAAGAAACCUUCAUCUAAGCAAUUACUGAUUGGCAAAGCAAGAACUAAGCAGAAAUGUGGGAAAAAUUUUAAAAAGAAAUCUAAUCUUUUUUUGCAUGAGAGAAAUCGCAGAGAUAACAAGUCAUUUUCAUGCUUGACAUGUGGAAAAUCUUUUAGCAUGAAAUCCAUUCUAGUUAGACAUCAGAGAACUCACACAGGGGAGAAGCCUUAUUCGUGUCCUGAAUGUGGGAAAUGCUUUAAUCAGCAAUCAUCUCUUCUUUAUCAUCGGAGAGCUCACGAAAGAGUGAAGCCAUUUCCGUGUCCAGAUUGUGGAAAAUGUUUUAGACAGAAAUCAGAUCUUUGUAGACAUAAGAAAACUCACACAGGGGAGAAGCCAUUUUCAUGUCCUGAAUGUGGGAAGUCUUUUAGUCAGAAAUCACAUGUUGUGGAACAUCAAAGAAUCCACUUGGAGGAGAAGCCAUUUUUAUGUCCACAAUGUGGGAAAUGCUUUAACAGUCAAUCAAGUUUUUUUCGGCAUCAAAGAACUCAUACAGGGGAGAAACCAUUUUCAUGUCUUGAAUGUGGGAAGUGUUUUAGUGAGAAAUCAAAUCUUGUUGCACAUCAGAGAGCUCACACAGGAGAGAAACCAUUUAUGUGUCCUGAAUGUGGGAAGUAUUUUAGGGUGAGAUCAAUGCUUAACAAACAUCUACGAAGUCACACAGGAGAGAAACCAUUUUCAUGUCUUGAAUGUGCGAAAUGUUUUAGUCAGAAAACAAAUCUUGUUAGACAUCAGAGAACUCACACAGGGGAGAAGCCAUUUAUGUGUCCUGAAUGUGGUAAGUAUUUUGGUGUGAAAUCAAUGCUUAUAAAACAUCUAAGAAGUCACACAGGAGAGAAGCCAUUUUCAUGUUCAGAAUGUGGGAAAUGUUUUAGCCAGAAAUCACAUCUUGUGAAACAUCUAAGAACCCACUUAGGAAAGAAGCCAUUUUCAUGUGUUGAAUGUGGAAAGUUCUUUAGUCAGGAAUCAAAUCUUGUUACACAUCAGAGAACUCACACAGGGGAGAAGACAUUUAUGUGUCCUGAAUGUGGGAAGUAUUUUGAUGUGAAGUCAUUGCUUAUACAACAUCAAAGAAUUCACACAGGAGAGAAGUCAUUUUCAUGUUCAGAAUGUGGGAAAUGUUUUACCUGUCAAGCAAGUGUUGUUCGACAUCAGAGAACUCACACAGGUGAGAAGCCAUAUUUAUGUGCAAAAUGUGGAAAGUCUUUUAGUCAGAAAUCAAGUCUAGCUAAACAUGAGAGAAUUCACUCAGAAGAGAAGCCAUUGUAAUGUUCAUAUUGUAAGACAUGUGAGAGAUGUGGAGCUUCAUUGUGGGACCUGCUGCCUACUCCUUUCUUCUGAAGUAUAACUUGGUUGUCCAGUUUUCCAUAUUGAUCACCUAUCUGGAUAGGUCAUCAAUAUCAGAUCAGCAGGGGUCCGACUCACGGAAACCUAGACGAUAAGCUACAAGCACUGCGGUCCCUUCAUUGUUGGCAUGCCAUUGACACUGCAGGGAUUGCGCAGUGUAAUAAUAGUUGAUUCAUUCCAUUCACUUGAACGGGGACGGAGCAGUGGUAGUUACACUGCACUUAAUGCUGCAGUGUCUAUUGCAUGCAUUUAAGAGCGAAGGGUCUGCAGAACUCAUAUGGGAGACUCGCUGGGAGUCGGACCCCCAAUGAUCAUAUAUCAAUGACCUACCCUGAGUAUAGGUCAUCAAUAAGGUAAACCAGACAACUCCAUGAGGAUCUGUGUUGUAUUUGUACAGUACAGAAGUGAGUACCUAGAAGACCUGCACCAAACUAUUGUGAUAUUGCAAUCGCAUUGGCACUGGCAUUGUGCUCUCAAGAACAGGAACACAGCUGUACUACUGCUUGAACAACAGAGAUCACUGAUCAUUGUUUAACUCCCUGUGAGCUAUGAUUAAAGUUGAUGAGGGAAAGCAGUGGAUCAUUCUGUUUAACUUCAUUCACACAUCAUGAUGGAAAUACUGAAGCAAAACUGUCCUCUUACAGGUCAAAAGGGUGGAACAUAUUGUUUUAGGUUGUGGUCAAUUUCUCAGUAUGAUUUCAUAAGGAGAAAAAGGUUUUAUUAAAUAAAAAAUGGUGUCUUCCAAAACCACAAUAAAUCCUUUCCCUGCCAUGGACGUAACACAGGCUUACUACAGAUAGCAGGAUUUCAGCCUGUGUAGGAGCUACAGAUGUAAACCAAGAGAUGUAAGCUUUUGCUUUAAAGCUGACAAUCUAAGCUUAAAAAAGGCUAAGGUGCUAGCUACCAUAUAUCUCAAGUUACAGCCCCUAGAAACAGGUCCCAGCUGUCACUCCCAGCCCAAUUUUAUAUGAGCUAUGUCUCCCAAUAAAGAACAGCUAGCAAUCAUGGUCUUGAUUUAAAGCUUAGAUUGCUAACUUUUAAACAAGACAUGGUUUACAUCUCUAUCUGCUACACAGUUCGAGAUAUUCCUGGAUAAAAUAGCCCUCCCCCUCUUCAGCCAGCUGUGAUCUCAACCAGUGUGGGGGAGGAGAGAGGGGCCACUGGGGGAUGUACUGACAUACUGCAGAAGGAGAGACAUUGCCACUCUCUCCCUGUGUAACUGUACAUGGCUCCAGAGGGAUGGUAUCAUGGACGUCUUCUACCCUCUUCCACCAUCAAAAGAGCAUACUUGCAAAACGGUUAAAAGGAACUCUAUGGACAAUAUUGAACGUAUGAGGUCUGGACUAAUGGAAAUGCAGCCAGUUAGGAUGCUGUAUGUGGUCCUGAAGUGAACUGAGCGUACACUAUAAACCCUCCCAAUGUGUUGAUUUCUGCUAAAUGUGGUGUCAUCAUGGUCAUAACAGAUGACCGUCACAAAUACUUGUACUGGAUGUGACUUAUCAGUGGCUACUUAAAAUGUUGAUAUGAUCUCUAGAGCUGAAUAUGAAGAGAACCAUCAGAAUAUAAAUUAUUUUAAUAGUCCAAGAGUGUUGUCUGAGUAAACUGAAAUACAAAAACCUCUACUAAAGGGAUAUAUUACUGGUGUAUUAUGGAUCACUUUUCACUUCUAAUCUGUCAAAAAAUAUUCUUAAAUUUUGCUAACUACUACCAUGGCAUGUACAAACUCUAGGAUUCAGUUUGCCUAUUAAUGUACCUUAUAUUGUGGAUUGUUCACUAUUAAUAA